AUGGCUCCCAAAAAGGCCGACCAGCCUAAGAAGAAGGUCAAGACCGUCGAUGACAAGACCUUUGGCAUGAAAAAUAAAAAAGGAGGAGCCGCCAAGAGACAGAUUACUCAGUUGCAAGCGCAAGCCGCGUCCAACAAAAACCCCGAAGAGAAGAAAAGAGCCGCUGAGAAGGCCCAGCGCGAGGCUGAAAAGAAGGCCGCUGAGGAUGCCAAGCGGGAAGCGGCAGAGCUGUUCAAGCCUGUUCAGGUACAGAAGGUUCCUUUCGGUGUUGACCCAAAGACUGUUCUGUGCCAGUUCCACAAGAAGGGUGGUUGUGAGAAGGGUCGCAAGUGCAAGUUCAGUCACGACUUGAAUAUUGAGCGCAAGGCGGCUAAGAAGGAUCUUUACACCGACUCGCGUGAAGCCGAGGGUGAGGAGGACACUAAGAAGGCUGAUACCAUGGAUCAAUGGGACGAGGAGAAGUUGCGCAGUGUCGUCUUGAGCAAACAUGGAAACCCACGGACAACUACCGACAAGGUCUGCAAGUUCUUUAUUGAAGCUGUGGAGAACCAGAAGUAUGGUUGGUUCUGGACUUGUCCAAAUGGUGGUGAUAAAUGCAUGUAUAAGCACAGCUUGCCUCCAGGAUUCAUCCUCAAGACCAAGGAGCAGAAGGCAGCUGAGAAGGCCCUAAUGGACAAGUCACCGCUGAACACCCUCACUUUGGAAGACUGGCUGGAGUCUGAACGGCAUCUCUUGACCGGUAAAUUGACACCGGUCACACCGGAGACCUUCGAGAAGUGGAAGAAAGAGCGCCUGAGCAAGAAGGCAGCUGAGGAGCAAGCACAGAAGGCCAAGGAGGCAACUGGUCGCUCGCUGUUCGAGGCUGGUGACUGGAAAGACGAGGAGGGAAGCAGCGAUGAAGAUUCGGAUGACGAUGACGACGGAUUCAACUUGGAUGCGCUGCGUGAAGAAACUGAGAGACUACGUGAGCAGAAGGAAGAGGAGCGAAUGGGCAAGCUUAAUGGUAUCCCUGGUAUCGAAGUGCCAACGGCGGGCUGA